AUGCAAAUAAACGUAAUUAAACAAUGCAAAGUUUGUGAGGCAAAAGAAAAUGUUUAUUUUCAUUAUGGAGUUUGUACUUGCAGAGCAUGCGGGGCUUUUUUCAGGCGUUAUCUUGCAAACGAAAAUAAAUGCAAAUAUAACUGUAAAUGUUUGCCAGAACAAUUGUCAGAAGGGAAUAAAGAUGAAAGACUCAAAACAAAUUUGGCUAAAUGUAGAAAAUAUAGACUUGAAAAAUGUCUUAGUGUUGGAAUGAAAAGAUUGGAUGUUGGAUAUGUACGUAGGGAUAUAUGCCGGAAAGAGAUGGAAAAACAAUGGAACGAAAUUAACGUAAAUUUAAUUAUUUUAUAA